AUGGCCUUCGAGGCCUGCUUCUCUAGUCUGAGAGGAAUCUCAGGCUCAUUCACGAUUAUUCCGUUAAUUGGCAGAAACCUUGCAGAGAAUCUUGUAAGGUACGAGAUUAAAAAGAGAGGCCGUGCGCCAGGGCACGGAACAGAGGACGAACUAUCUCUUAUUAAUCUUUGUUUUAAAUUAGGGCUUAUUAACCUUCGAGCAAGGAAGGCUCAGCAAGGUGUUAGCGACUUCCCAGUAAGGCGGCGGAAAAGAUACUUUAAUCUCUUACUUAAGAAACUCCCAUCUUUUAAUAAGGAAAGUCUAUUAAGGAGACAAGAGUACCUUCGCUACCUUAAUUUUGGGGCAGGUAUUACAACCCCUAAACUCCAGGCACGUAACCUUCACGAGCUAGAGAAGCGCCUUGCGAUUCCCGCUAUGGAAGCUGCUUUAUCCCAGCUACUCAAAGAGGAUACACAUUACGCCAGCUAUAUAUUGAAGCGGAGGAGAAGCAGUAAAGAAAGGAAUUCAAAUAAUGGCAACGAGACAGGGCUCGAAAAAUGGGGCAACGGAGCAAUAUAA